AUGGUUAAAUCUGACGUUAUUUGGAGAAUUGAAUUGAGGGAGUUGAGAGCUGAAAUUCUAGCUUUUUAUAGAAGUUUAUUUGAGGAGAGCUUUCAUUGGAGGCCAUCUUUUGAUGAGCUGCCUCUCAAUGCUUUAAGCGAGGAAGAAGCGCUUUGGCUUGAAAGGCCUUUUGAUGAGGAUGAAAUCAAGGAUGCUUUCGAUUGCUGCAAUGGCGAUAAAGCUCCAAGCCCGAAUGGUUUCACUAUGGCUUUCUUUAAAAGAUUAUGGCCUAUCAUGAAGAGAGACAUAGUGGAGUUUUUCAAUGAGUUCCAUGGUAAUGCAGAGUUUGUGGAUUCACUAAAUACUACUUUUGUCACCCUGGUAGUUAAGAAGGAGGAGGCUCAUGAUAUUAGAGAUUUCAGACCCAUUAGUUUACUUGGCAGCAUCUAUAAACGGUUAGCAAAAUUCCUUGCAAAAAGGCUAAGAAGAGUGCUGGGAAGCGUCAUAAACAAUGCUCAACAUGCUUACUUGGAAGAUAGACAGAUUAUUGAUGCUUCAUUGAUAGCAAAUGAGGUUGUAGAUCAUUACUCUAAGCUCAAAAAAUCUGGCAUCAUGUGCAAGCUUGACAUGGAGAAAGCUUUUGACAAUGUUAAUUGA